GUCAGUUCAUAGACAACUUUCCCGCGCAAUGGGUCUCUUUGGCAUGCGCCUAUCUCGACGGCCCAUACAUGGACAGGCUAAGCUAGUGCAAAUGCUGCUGGUUAUACUUAUUAUAAUGUUAACAUUAUUUGGACUCUUUGCGAAUCGCUUCUCGUUGAGUGGACGUCAGCGUUUUGUCUUCUCCAAGAAAUAUUUGGCCUACAGCAUUUUCGUGACGCUGCUCUUCUCUUUUAUUUACUUGCGUGAGAUUUAUCUGGAGACUGAUUACGAUUAUCGCGAUGCUGUCAAGCUUUAUACUUAUAUGAACAUAACGGUAGCUAUAAUCAAUUUUGUAACUCAAAUGUUUAUGAGCAACCAGGUGGCACGCAUGAUGUCCAAAGUGCCGCUAUUCGAGACCCUCAAACAGUUGCACAUAGAGCGUGCUGCAAUAAAACGUUCGGUUAUAUUGGCUUUGAUCAAAGUUAUUGGAUUUCCACUGGUCAUGGAACUGGCGCUUAUGUGGCAACAAAAACGCAACGAACCGCACUUGAGUCUUGUCUGGACCUUAUACAAAUUGCUUCCUAUGAUUAUAUCAAAUUUUUUGAACAAUUGCUACUUUGGUGCCAUGAUUAUAGCCAAAAAUAUUAUAGAAACUAUUAAUGCCAAGCUGCGAACGCAAGUGCAACAAGUAAACUUUAUGCAACAAGCGCAGGAGCUGGAGAAUCGCUCCAGAUACUAUCGCAUACAGCAGUUUUGCAAUUUCGCAGAUGAAUUGGAUAACUUGGCGUUUAUAUAUAAAAUAGUUUGCUCGCAGGCAACGGACUAUAUGGCCUUGAUGUCCUUGUCUGUAGUGUUAUCCCUAAUCUGUCAUCUGCUUGGCAUUACAGUGGGCGUCUUUAAUCAAUAUUAUGCCAUCGCACAGACUAUAUUUGAGCACAAGCCCUACGACGGAUUUGGAGCGCUCAUUAAUAUCGUAUUUCUAAUCAUUUCGCUGCUGGAAAUUAUGAUGUUGGCAUUGUUAAGCAAUAAUAUUUUGUUGACAACUCAGACCACAGGCAGCGUGUUGCAAGAGUUGAAACUACUUGAAGCCGACUGGCGUUAUCGGCAAUCGGUGCACACGUUUUCGCUGCAAGUUGUCAUCAUCAAUUACAGAAUCAAGCCUAUGGGUCUAUUCGAAAUAGAUAUUGCGCUUAUGAACAGCGUGCUAUCCACUGUGGCCAGCUUUGCUUUGAUACUUGUGCAAUCCGAUUUGUCGCAACGCUUUAAAUAA